UGGCAGAAUUGGCGUGGAUGACGGGACUGAGGGCUGUAAGGAGCGGGCUUCAUGUGGGCUUCGGCGCGAGGGGGCCGGAGGGGAAGCAGGAGAAAUUGGGGGCUGGCGGCGCUCCUCCCUCUUCCCCAGCGCUGGAAAGACCUCCGCCUGGGUCCAGAUUCCGGGACUCUGGCUCACCAGUGAGGCUCAGCAGGCAUGUUCCACCCACUCCAGUGGAGGCCUCCCUCCAGCAUUUAUUCCUGCUACACUAACUCAGCCCGCUUCUUUGGCUGCAACGGGAAACUAGGUUUCUGGCAGAAUGAGAAGACCUUGAAGGGCAGCUUCCAGUGGUUGUUUGCUUGGCUGCAGAAAAGCACAGUGAAAUGUCCCAAGCAGAAGAGCCUCCUCUCCCUGCUGGCCAACCAGUGCAGCUAUGUAACCAGCCAGAGGGUCCAGCGUGCCCAGCAGAUUGGACAGUUGUACAGUAACAUCUACUCUGAGAGGACACGUAAGAGCCUCUUCAGCUCCUUGUGGCGCAGGUUCCAGGGGCGUCAUUGCAAUGCUGGUAAGCUGAUGGCCCUCCUCACCGGUGUGUUCUUGUGGGAAGAGGAAAGAAUCAAAGAAGAAGAACUGAAAAGGUCUGCAGAUGACAUGAAGCACAUGGAAGAAAUAACCAGGCUGUUUCAAGGCAGCGGAAUGGAGAACCAGACACAGGAGAUAAAGUCCCACAAGGAUAUAACUUCUGAUCCUGAGGAGCAGAGCUGGGAAAUGGUGAUGGAAAAGAAGCACUUCAAGCUAUGGCGGCGCCCAAUUGGGGGGUCUCAUCUGUACCAGUAUCGAGUCUUCGGGACGUACAUGGAUGUGACUCCAAGGCAGUUUUUCAAUGUGCAGCUGGAUACUAAGUAUCGCAAGAAGUGGGACUCACUAGUCAUCAAGCUGGAGGUGAUUGAGAGGGAUCAGGACACUGGAUCAGAGGUUGUUCACUGGGUAACUCACUUUCCGUAUCCAAUGUACUCACGGGAUUACGUGUAUGUUCGACGGUACAUUGUGGACCAGGACAACAAUCUGAUGGUUCUGGUGUCACGAGCGGUUGAGCACCCGAAUGUCCCAGAGGAUCCUGACUUUGUCCGUGUACGAACUUAUGAAUCCCAGAUGGUUAUUCGCCCUCACAAAACAUUUGAUGAGAACGGCUUUGACUACCUGCUGACAUACAGCGACAACCCUCAGACUGUGUUCCCUCGCUACUGUGUGAGCUGGAUGGUCUCUAGUGGCAUGCCAGAUUUCCUGGAAAAGCUGCACAUAGCAGCCCUGAAAGCCAAGAACAUGGAAAUGGAAGUGCAAGACUACAUCUCCUUUAAGCCCGUGGAGGGAGGGAGCAGCAGCAGCAGCAGUGAGGGGAAGGCCAGUGUGCCCAGCCAGGAGCACAAGGAUGAAGGCUCCUGCAGCCCUCUUCAGAUGGACUACGCUUAAAGGAAGGUGCUCCCCUCCCUCCCCAAGUUGGCAGCCCCCAGCCUCUCACGGACGACCGAGGGACUGUGCCGCCAAGGAAGGAAGCCGCUGGGGCCACGAGGCUCCUCUCGGCAUCAUCGUUCAGCCCGUCUCCGGUCGCCAUGCUCCUUGCCCUUCCCCCUCUUUUGUGCCAUCUUGGAAGAAACCAGUAAUACCAUGGAGGCUUGGAGCCAAGCCUGGCAAUCCUGAACAGCAGUUUCGUGUAGCUCUGUAUAUACCGGUGAUCUUAUUUUCUACUGGGAAUGCUCUCCUCCCUGACGGUUUUGGUGCUGCCACGUGAUGGUGGGUGCCCCCCCCCGCUAAAUUGCCUGGCCGCUGCAGCCUUUUAACAGUUUUUUUUUUUGUACAUAUUGUGGCAUACGGGCACCAGCAGUGCCUGAGCCAUGUGUGUUGUGUGAAGCCAGUCCAAAAGACGGACACUCGCUUCUGGGAGCCCAGAAGUUGGAUCUCUCACCUCUUCGGCCACGCCUGUUAGCCCAAGUGAGCCCUCGCUCUCUCCCUCGCCACGUACCGAGGGCCAUUUCUCUACUGCCAAAGUGCCUUCCUCCCCCUCUGGCACUGCUGACUGCAGUCACGUCAGCUGCUGGAGGCAGACCCCGUGCCGGGUGGAGGCUGCACAGGGGCCGCCUUGUUCAGCGCCGCCUGCCGCCGCCUGAAGGGUUAAGAAGAAGGGGCCAUUGUGGAUCUCCUCUCCCAGUCUUUGGCUUAGCGACAUUUCUUGUUUAAUUUCUCGAAAGGCAGCACGUUGGGGUUUAACGUUAGUCAAGUGAAGAGCUUCAUCACAAGUGCUGUCUUAGUCACCUGAGGGCGAUGUGUGUUUUGGGCAGGGGGUGGGCAGGGACAAGGGCUACAGAGUGCUUCACAGCCCGGGGCUCCAGGUUCAGGCAGGAGGUCUCUGCAUCACUUGGGUGCAAAUCAGUGGGUCCUGUUAGUCUCUUCCGCACCGUGGGUCCGGAGGCCUGUGUGAACGGCAGACUUCCCUCGGGCUACAAGUGGAGGAAGGGAACCAUGAAGGGAACCGGGUCAGAUGUGUUUGACUGGAGAGAGUGUCUUGUGCACUUUCCGCCACGGUGGCAAGAGCUUUGAAUUCAAAACCUAAAAAGGUUGGUCAAGAAUAGAAAAGGGCCAACUCUAAAAAUCUAAUUAUAAAACAUACAAAAA